UCCGAGCUAUUGCUGUCGAUCGAGUGUCUCGUAGAUAGAGGAGGCAUCAGUGAAUGCUUGGACGCGUUGCGGUCGGACGCUUUCCCUGAAGCGAGAGGGUACCCCACUACUUUUCGGACUGAGGCCACUGGACGCACGCGACUUCCUCUUUUUCUCUUCUCAUCAAAAGUAGACGGCAUUCCAUAACGACAUCGACAACGGCGACGCAAAUCAUGGCGCUCACUGCCCUCCCCCGGGAGUUGUUUGAUAACGUCAUCCGCCUCCUUACCGAAGACGAAACCCCGCUGAGCCUGCCCAAAUACCGCCUCAUCUGCCGAGCUUUCAAGGACCCCAUCACUGACGAGAUCGCCAAGAAGCCAACCGGUGACUUCCUUCGUCGAGGAGAGAACAGCGCCCGCCACUUCCUCAUGAACAAGGACUUCCUUGGAACCCAUCUCGGUUAUCUCGGUGUUCGGGCGUUCAGGGGUAAGCCUUGCGGGCGCUUGCCCUACCUUCCCCGUCUCAUCGCGGACCGUCUAGUCCUCCUGCGCCAGCAUGGAGUGAUGCAGCAAGGUCAAGAACUCAAAUUUGCGCUCAUGCUGGGUAAGACCCUGGCAGUUCAGUGCGAUUCUGCCUUUACUCUGGCCAUAACUGCGUCGACAAGCCAGAAAUUCGUCAACGUCCUUCCGAGGUUCACCAUCAAUGGAGCAAAUCUCGCGGUAGAGUUAUUCGCUACCACGGCGGCAGCUGGUGACACCGCGGGCUUCGAGAAGCUUGUAACUCAAUUCGGUACCGCCAGUCUCUUUCGCAGGUCUUACGCGUUCGGCUACGCGAUCGCUACAGCCGCAGGCGGCAAUCACAUGAGGCUCGUCCUGCGUUUCUUAACUUGGGUCAUGUCCAACUACCGCACGGUUCCCAACGAUGAAUACGACCUUGCCAUCAUGGACGCCAUUGACGCAUCACUGGCCGGAGGGCAUAGCGACAUGGCGCGGCUCCUACUGGAGGUCUACCACCGUUUCUUCCCUGUGAUCCAAAACGACGUCUAUAAUAGAUGGCUUGCACUGGCGGUCAAGCUUCCGGACAAUCGUAUCUACAAGGCGCUGGCGUUCACCAUUCGUCGCGACCCUAACAUCCGAUCCCAUAUCAUCACAUUCAAGAUGGCUUGCAGGAGCGGCGACAGGUCCAUGGUUCGAAUGUUCAUCACGAGCGGUAUCCUCGAUCCCAACCAAGGCUAUUUCGAGCAAAUGGUCUUGCCUAGCCUGGAGAAUGCUCUUCAAACUGCGGUGGCGGCAGGAAAGGUCGGUCCUGUGGAGGAGCUUCUCUUACUUGGCGCACAUCCUGAUGGGCUGCCCACCGCCAAGCCUCGCGCCCGGCCUCUCCGACUCGCUCUGGUCGACGACCACCUCGAAGUCUUUCGUCUACUGCUGGUAUGGGGCGCUGACACCCAAUCGAUUUGGCCGCAGUGGUACGACGUGGGUUCCAAGAUGCAGCCUCGUCGUCGCCCCUUCUUCGAUUUGAUCCAGUCUGGAAUAGGCGACACUUUCGGUUACUGGAAUGACCUAGUUCGCCGCGGCCGUGGCUUCGUUGAGGAGCUCGAAUAGCUACGAUCGACCGUGGUGAGUUGAGGGGGGGCUGAUUGCUACGCCCUAGCCUCUUGUCGCAGAGAAUAGCGUGUUGGCUCAACGUCGACUCUACGUCCGUGAUCGCCCGGUGCACGGACAGACCCCCACGACAACAAACUUCAGCUCGCACCUUCACUCCUGUGGUUGGAAAGCCCUCCUCCAUCAGGUCACCGUCCACAUCCCUCGAAA